AUGGCCCAGUUCCAUCUGGCUGGAUGUUAUCACGAUGACAUCGGUACCAACCAAGACCACACCAAGGUUGUCCAGUUGUACCGCAGUAUUGCUGAACGUGAGAUGCCCCAGGCCCAAGUUGCCCUCGGUCGAUGCUACGAGGAUGGCGAAGGCGUCGAUCAAGACUUGAACACAGCCAUCGAGUGGUACUCCAAGGCCGCAGAUCGAGGCAUUGAAGAUGGCCGACUCCAUAUCGUGUUCCUCCAAUGCUAUCGAUGCGGUGGGGGAGUAUCACCGGACCGAAAGAAGGCAUUUGAGUGGUUCAGCGAAUCAGCCGGCCAAGGCAACUCGUUUGGGCAGUGGUGGGUCGGUGUGUGCUGCAUACUUGGAAUCGGAGUCGCCAAGGACGAAACCAAGGCAGUCGAAUGGCUCCGCGAAUCGGCCGAGCAGGGCAAUCGAUAUGGACAGUGCGAUCUCGGUCACCGCUACAAGAAUGGUGAAGGUGUCAUCAAGAACAUCGACGCCGCCGUCUUCUGGUACCGCAAGUCCGCUGAACAGGGUCACAAGCUUGCCAUCCGUAACCUCGAGCACCUCGGCAAGUGGCCCUGA